AUGACUCUCUCGAUGGAUGCGGACAAAGCAAACGAGCCGCUCCCCAUAAGUCCCGGGAAGAUGUCGCAUGGCAGCGCAGGAGACAGCAGGUCCGGACAGAGGCGGACCGCGGAUCCCCCGAUGGAGAUGCAUGGUAAGAAGCGGACGAAGGCGUCGCGGGCGUGUGAUCAGUGCAGGAGGAAGAAAAUAAAGUGCGAUUACAACGACAUGAGGAACAUCUGUACCAACUGUCAACGGAUCGGCGAAAGGUGCAGUUUUGAAAGAGUGCCCUUGAAGAGAGGUCCAACGAAGGGCUACAGUAGACAGCACAGAAACUCAGGGUCCACGGCUGCGGCUACCCCCACUGCAGGGAGCACCCCGCCAGAGAUGGACAGGCAGAAGAGGCACUACAGCGUUGGCAGCGCGGGGGAGCAAAACAGGUACGUCGCGUCGACGCCGACUCCAGGACAAGUCCCAAAUGCGGUAUUACUACCACCCCUCGCAAACUAUGGUUACUCACCACAAUUGGGUCCAGAAAGGAUCCAGGAUGCAAAAGUACCGAAGAGAAUGUCGCUCCCGGAUGACGGUGCAUUGGCGCAUAAAAAUAGCAAUUUGGAUACUGCAGGUAUACAGGUAAAUGCAGCAAGGCCGUCGUCGUCCGGUGGUGUUGGUACUGGUGCUGGGAAGUAUCCAGGCUCCGUGGGGGCUCUGCACCCGGGAAUUAUCCCUGGUGCGGGUGUCGUCACGGGCACAGUGACUCCCAAUAACGUAAACGUGGCACAACAACAGUUUUGGAAAGUCCCCUACCACGACUAUCCUCACCAGAGGAGGGGAUCGAUCGACUCGUUGCUAAGCGACAUCUCUGUAAGGAAUUUAAACUCGUCCGAUCAGUUGUUUUACGGUGCACCGGCGCAACCACCACGGCAGCAGUCACAGUCGCCAGCACAGCAACAACCGCAGAUACAAAUGCAUCAGUCAUCGUUAGGGUCGCCGAUUAGUGGUAAUAUAGGCGCGGCCACCGUGACUAACAGCGUGUCUGGACCCGCUAACGGGCCGUACUGGUCGUACUUCAAAAACUUCAACCCAAUCACAAACCCAGAAGAUCAAGAUAUGCAGUUCAGAAGGUCGAGUUCCAUCCCGUCGCUUUUAAGACAGAAUUCAAAUCCGGUUAUUGCGGGGCAGCAACAACUGCCGCACCCUUCUGGUAGUCAACGUCAACCGUCAUACCCAUACUCGCAGUUUCAUAAUCAUCAACAGCAGCAGCAACAGCAUCAGACACCGCAAAUACAGGGAAAUGUGCCAACGGGGGUAAAUACCACAACCCUUUCGUCCUUUGGACAGUACGCCACAAACGGAGGGUUCCAUUCGAGAAAUAGCUCUACGAUGAGUGAGGCGAUGUCUCCAAGCGCAUCAACAGUAUUCCCGAACAGUACAGCUCUGCUUCCGGAAAACGGCCAACAGCGACCCCCACAGGCAGGAUCUGCACCGAACCAACGAACCCCCACCACGGCAGGAUCUGCAGAGAAAACUACCUACGCCAAAACGAACUGCCAGAUCAAAAACUUUAGUCUUCUGUGUUCUCACGAGAGGCAUCAUGCGAAUAGUGGCGCAGACGCGAUCGUGAGGCCGACAUCGGUGCCAGUGGUAAGGAAAUUCAACCCAGAGGACCCACUGUGUCCGACAGAUACGCCAAGCGCAAACAAGAAUGUUCUUGGGAAUAGCAAAAAGGGCUCCCCCGCGCCGCAUUCUACGAAUGUGUUCAAAAGAUCGGAUUCCGCCACGUCUAGCCAAAUACGACGUGGGAACUCGAUUACCUCCAUCAGCUCGCUGAUGGACCCUGUCGCACACCCAACAGCAGAGACGCACAGGGUCAGCUCCACGGGGAACGUUAAUUCAAUCACCAACCCAAAGCUGACCAGGACUCCCAUGACUGCAAAUGUGGAGUCGGCACUGAGUGGGAGUGGUACCCGUUCAAAUAUGAACCAGAUAAGUUGCUCGACGACCCCUGUGACAAAGGACCUGGGCCCCGAGCGCGAGAUGAAGUACGGGCGCAUCUCUGAUAUGGAACUGAUCGACAUAUACUACGAGUUUAUCCACACGGGUUUCCCUAUCAUACCACUCAAUAAGAAGACUCUCACUGGCGAUAUUCUUCUAAUUAACACUCAACCUGUCUCCUCAAUCCACGAACUAAAUAAUUAUGUGAUUUUGUGGUUCAGAAAUUCGUUAGAGCUGUUGGUAAGAUUGGCCAUGAAGCGGGGAAAAGGAAGUUUUCUCAGCGAGGAGUUCAACAAUCCCUUUGAUGCGGAGAGUAGAGGCAGUAACAAAGAAAAUGCUAGGGAAAACCCUCUUUCCAACAACGGCCAGGGGUCCCCAGAUGGUUGGGACAUAAACAAGAACCCACAUAAAAAGAAGAAUUCUCCCUCAGAAGGCGAUGAUCUGAGUGUCAACGACUAUUUUGAAAUUCAAACUAUAUUCAUUUCCGCGCUUAACGAAUGCUUCCAAAAAAUUGUAGACAUUCACCCUAAACUUCGGGAAAACAAAGACAUGAUAUCACCGAAGAUCAAGAUCAUUUACUUGUCCACAUUCAUUAUCCUGAAUUACAUUUUGUCAUACGUAGGUUACGACAACUCCUUUGUUCUAGGAAUGUCGGUAACCAUCUUCAACGAGUUCAAGUUGUACAAAAUUCUCUUUGUUGACACAAAGCUAGAAAAGGAGGAAACCCCAAAUGAGACGGCUUUGGACUGCAGCAUUGUCUUCAAAAGACUAUACGUGUUGCUGAUUAUCUUCGAUUCUUUGCAAAGCUGCACAUUUGGUGGACCCAAGUUGCUAAAUAUUCCGAUAACGGGAACCAUUGACAGCUUCUUUGACAAUUCAAACUUGGAGAAAAACAACGUCAAUAGCACGGAGUCAUACGUCGAGAAGUGGUGUAUUGAGGAGGACCCUGUUAAGCUUCAUUAUAUGUUGCAAGAUUUGAAGUUGGGCGAGUUCAUCACCGAACUAAGCAUACACAGAAAGUCUGUCAAUUACUUUUCCCUCAAGUCUACAUCCUUGGACAACCUAGCAUGGAUUCCCGAUCCCCCACGGGACGAGACUCAUCCUGCUUCUGACGCUCACGAAUUUAUCACGAUCUCCAGAUUAUUCCAUGACCUACUGAUCACUAAACAAAAGUUCAUCAAUACCCUAAUCUCAUUGAGCCUUGUGAACAACUCCGAGUUCAAGCUGACUUUGGAGUUGAGUGCGACGAUAGCGGGGGCUGUUUCAAAAUUGAUAACACAGACACUUCAAAUACUGACGCUGGCCAUGCGUCUUAACCCAACGAACAGUAUCGACCCCGUUUACAGGCCUUUGGAGAAACCACAGCCCUCACCCGCAUCUUCGAGGUCGGCAAACAGUCUCAGCAUACCGACUGAUGCAGCCAACGACUUUUACCAGAAAUUGCUGGGCUUGAACAAGGACAAGAAUAAGGACAACGCCGAAACUUUACGACGUGGUGUCAUUGCACCUUACGCAGUACCUAUCUUCUACGAACUUCACAAUGUGAUCAAUAUUAUUAAGAAAUUACCAACGCAACUGAUAGGGACGGUAAUGCAGGUGGCUUAUGUCGACAAUUCAAAGGCUCAAAGCAUUGUAGUCAAAUUAUCCAAUUCCAUGAAUGAACUCGUCCAAAUUAUGAGUCUUUUGAACAUGAUAAGGCCGUUCAAGAUCUUUGAUACAGAUCUGAAUGAGAGGUCCAUCGUAGAUGAGAGCAGUGUGGGGGAGCUGAAGAUGAAGUGGAAGUUUGUAAAGCCAGAUGAGAAACCCGGUGAGAAAAAUGAGAUUGUUGAACGGUUUAUCAAUAUUGGAUGGAAACUGUUUGAUGAUGCUGAGCUGGGAUGGCUUUAA